AUGGAUUUGAGGUUGCCUUUUCGAGCGCUCUUGGUUAUUAAAAAUGUUUUUCUCUUGCUGUCCUUUUUUUUUUUUAAUCAGUCUAUUCAGAACUGGAAAACCAAAAAGCUGCAAAAGAAGGAGGAAAUUUUCAAGUUGAAGGAAAAGGCAGAGAACAUCUCUCUGCUCCUGCACAAUAAAAAAGAAGAUAACCAGAAGCGAGAAGAGGAGCAAAGAAAGAAGCAGAAACUGGCCGUGGAAGCGUGGAAGAAGCAGAAGAGUCUCGAAAGGUCAAUGAGGCGUGCCUCCCAGGUGAAAGAAGAAGCAGAGAAAGAGAAGCAUCAGCAGAAAGAGCGCCGUCGCCAGUUUAAACUAAAAGUGCUCCUGGAGAGUUAUGCCCAGCAGAAGAAAGAGCAGGAAGCAUUUCUGAGGCAUGAAAAGGAGAUGAGGGAAAAGGCGGAAAAGGCCGAAAAGAGGAAAACCGCUGCCGAGGAGAUCUCCAGGUUUCAGGAACGAGAUUUACAUAAACUUGAAUUGAAAAUUCUAGAUCGACAGUUAAAGGAAGAUGAAAAGGCAGAAAAACAAAGGAAACUGGCAAAAUUAAAAGAAAAGGUUGAAAACAAUGUUAGUAGAGAUCCCUCUAGGCUUUACAGACCUACCAAAGGUUGGGAGGAACGGACCAAGAAGACGGGACCCACAGGCUCUGGGCCACUUCUGCAUAUCCCACACAGGGCUAUUCCAACCUGGAGACAAGGACUUGACAAAAGAAUAUGAGAUAAUGAAGUUGGUAUUCAGUUGAUGAGAAUGUCAGCAUUUUCAUACCAGGAGAGAGUCAAUAACUAUGUUCUUUAAAUAGUACUAGCCCCAGUCAGAUUGAGAACUGUGUUAUAUGUGAAUCGACAGGUACUGAGUUUCAUGCGGCAUUGUUGUAGCUCGUGUUUAUACUCAGAGGGUAUUUAAUGUGUAUGUUGGCCUAUUAUUGAUGUAAAUGUUUUUUGAAUAAGUGUAUGUUACAAACAUGAUUUCAUUUAAAUACUCAGAACAUUUCAAAGAUAUUUUGUUUUUGUCAUGGCAUAGCAAAAUAAAUUGGGACAAUCAUAGACUAACUUUUUUUUUAAACAAAAAUUUUUUAACAUUUAUAACUUGGAGGUGAAUUAGCUCAAGUAACAAAAAUGUAAAGGUUUUCCUUUUUUGGGGGAAGUAAGUUAGUACUUUUCUAAGUUUAACAAAUUGGUAGUUUGUCAGUUGUUACAUUUUUGUGUAAUAAAUAUUUUGUAUUUGUUGGAAGCAUGCUUUGUUUUAUAUAGAGAAUAUUUAUUUUAAAAAUAUGCCUCACCUCAUAUAUAUCCUAUUAUUUGUAUUACCGAUAUCUUUUUGGUUUCCUUUAGCUAUUCCCAAUUUCCCUUUAGCCUUUCUGGAUGUCACACAUUUAUAAAGCCUUUGUGUCUAUCACA